UAUUGGCUUUUUUCAAUCUUAUCAAUCAUUUCAUUCUUUCCCAGUUUUUUGGUUUGUCUGUAAGUUGUUUUCAAUCAAGAUCACUGUAUUACUAUUGUUGAUAUAUCUCUUUCAGGCAUUUCAUCAAACACUUGUCAGGCACUAGUUAAAUUGUCAUUUCUUGACUUGAAUCAUUAACAAGACUACUGUUUUAUCAUAUUUUUCUAAGUGGGGUUUCUUUUUUAUAACUUGGGGUUGUGUCUUUUUGGAUUGAUUUGCAUAAAGUUUGAAGCUUUUUAGUGUUCAAGAAAGUUAUAAAGAAUUGGGGUUGCGGAUUUUUCGAUUAAUUAGCAAAAGUUCUAAGCUUUUUACUGUUAAAAGAAAGUUUAAGAGAUGAAAGGGAAAUUUGGGUCAUCAGGGAAUUACUUUUUGUUGAAUACAGGUGCCAAGAUUCCUGCCAUAGGGUUAGGAACUUGGCAAAGUGGUGGAGAUUUCUGUGUCGAAGCGGUUAAAACCGCGUUAUCUGUUGGAUACCGUCAUAUUGAUUGUGCACACUUAUAUGGAAAUGAAGCUGAGGUUGGUGAAGCUUUAACUGAGUUUUUUAGGGGUUCAACAAAAAGAGAGGAUCUUUAUUUAACCUCUAAGUUGUAUUGUACCAUGAAUUCGAUUAAUAAGAUUGAGAAUUCGGUUAGAGUUUCACUUAAGAACCUUGGAGUGACAUAUUUGGAUCUUUAUUUAAUGCAUUGGCCUGAGAGUUCGGCUUUUGGUGAUGCCACUGACCCCCCUGCUAAAUCAGGUUCUGAGUAUAGACAGUUUUUGGGUAAGUUGAAGACCGCUUGGAAAACAAUGGAACGGCUGGUUGAAUUAGGUCUUGUUCGGGCUAUUGGAGUUAGUAAUUUCAAUAUACAACAGAUGAAAGAACUACUCAAAUUCGCAAAAGUUGUGCCUGCAGUCAAUCAGGUGGAAUUGCAUCCAUUUUGGAGACAAGACGAGCUUGUAAAGUUCUGUCAGUCAAAGUGCAUACAUGUAUCUGCUCACACACCCCUGGGAGUACCAACAUCAGCUCCUAAACCAUCUGAAAGUGGAUCAAGUGAAGAAGAUGAACCUGGAACACCUCGUAUAUCUUUUAGAAGGUCCAGAUCAGUUCAUGGGCCCAUGUUGAAACUAUCAGUGGUGGCAGAGAUAGCAGAUAGACAUAAAAAGACUCCCGAACAGGUUAUUUUGCGAUGGGGUCUCCAAAGAGGUACGAGUGUGCUUCCAUGCAGCGUGAAGCCUGAGCGGAUAAGGAAAAACAUAGACAUAUUUAGUUGGAGUUUAUCAGAUGACGAGUACCGUCGGUUGAACCAGAUAGAGCCACAAGUAUGUCUGUUUGGAAAUGGUCCUCUGGAUACUAUCUCAGAGGACAAUGGUUCGAUAUUUGGAUGUGGUCCUCUUCAAGCAGUUCAUGAAUCUGAAGAUGAUGUUGAGUUCAAUUCUUGAUGAUGGUUGAAAAUAUUGACAUGUUUGUUUUUUUUCUUCUAAAAAUGCAUAAACAUCUUUCUUUUAUGUCGUUUUGAUGUUGGUUUGGUGGAUUUUCGUCUUCGUUGGAUCAAACUGUGUUCUGAAGACUUCCCGUCAUGUACAAAAGUUUGCGUGGAAUAUUGUUAUUGGUUUGUAUUUUAUUAACUUACGUUUUGCUGGUUAAUGUCAUUUUGUGAAGUUGAUUUAA